CCCUGUGCCCCUCCUCGAGCUGUUCUGCAAGUGCCAUCAUCAGUGAACAUCUCAUCGUUUCCUGUGCAGUGUGAUCAUGUCUGAGUUAGAAGAUCAUGGAGGGCAUCAGGAAGAAGAAGAUGAGGACCAGGGAGAGGGAGCAGAACGCCCUAAAUACAAGCCACUGGUCACACAGCUUGCUGCCCCCAAAAUCCCCGAAGGGGAGAGAGUUGACUUUGAUGAUAUUCACAGAAAACGGAUGGAGAAAGAUCUUCUGGAGCUGCAGACUCUGAUUGAGGUUCACUUUGAGCAGAGGAAGAAAGAGGAAGAGGAGCUGAUUGGGCUCAAAGAAAGAAUUGAGAGUCGGCGAGCGGAAAGAGCCGAGCAGCAGAGAGUGAGGGCAGAAAAGGAGCGAGACAGACAGACACGAAUUGCAGAAGAGCGACAGAGGAAGGAGGACGAGGAGGCAAAGAAGAGAGCAGAUGAUGAAGCAAAGAAGAAGAAAGUGCUCUCCAACAUGGGGGCUCACUUUGGAGGCUUCCUGGCAAAGGUGGAGCAGAGACGAGGCAAAAAGCAAACUGCAAGGGAAAUCAAGAAGAAGACUUUGGCAGAGAGACGAAAACCACUGGCUAUUGACAGCCUGAGAGAGGAUAGUCUGAGAGAGAGGGCCAAGGAAAUGUGGCAAUGCAUCUACCAGCUGGAGUCUGAGAAAUUUGACCUGACUGAGAAGAUGAAGAGGCAGAAGUAUGAGAUAAAUGUUCUUCUGAACAGAAUCCAACAUGCUCAGAAAUUCAAAAAGGGUCAUGGAAAGGGGAAGGUCGGAGGACGCUGGAAGUGAAGAAACUAUGACACGUGUACUAGCACCACGAUGAAAUUUAUUAAUUAGCAGUGUUUGUAAUUCAGCUAUAGGAGUCCGAGGAACAUUCUCUGUGGAACUGAAUAAAUAAAAUGGACAUUUAUAGUGUUAUUGAAA